AUGGACUCCCCCCAAACAAACACCGCCGCUGCAAAUAGACCUCUCUCUGCCCAUCUAACCAUCCAUUACCAGAACACUGACAAGAAGUCUCCUUCUACUUCUGCUUCAAGGGAUAACAUGGCCCCUUCCCUGGACUCACAAUAUUCCAUAUCAAAGAAUUACACUGCUGAAAAGAAGGAACGUAGUACUAGUAGGGAAGUCAUUAGAACUAUUUUAAACAUUGGAACAGCAGAUACACUAGACGAUGAAUUUGUACUCGCAAACUCAAAUUCAAACUCAAAUUCUUCAUUAAACAUGCUGGAAAGUAUAGAACUACCAUCAUCUUCAUCUCGUCGUCCCUCAGUCGCUACGCCAUGUCCCUUCUUAUUAUUAACUUCAGAUAAAGAUAAAACAGUCACAAGAUUAUCCACAUACAUGAACAUUUACGAUCUAUAUCAAUGUGUACCUCAAUCCAACGGCAACCACCAUUCGUUAAAACACAUAAAUAAUCAUAAAAAUACUCAAUUCAUUGCAAGAAGAUUUAGUGAUCCACAAUUGCAAACAAUAACAAAGGAUUCUUUACCAACAUCAUUAUCUUUCACUACUGCAAAGACAACUUCUUUGAAGAACCCAUAUUCCAUGGAGGCAACACCAAGAUCUUAUAGAACAAAUGAUCCAAUAUUACAUGUAAAUACGUCAACGGGGACCACUGAUACGACUACAAAUAAUGGAAUCCCUUCAUCACCUCCUCCAUUCUUAUCUGCAUCGGCAUCUUCAUUAUCAGGUUCAAACUCUUCAUUUACAACAACUACAAAUACUUCAUCACAACAACAACAACAUAAUAAUAAUCAUAAUAUGAACCCGUUCAUCGACAUUUCAAGCCCUUGCUCAAGGCAUCAUCAUAGAAGAAAUUCAAUAGCUUUAAAAUUCGAAAAACCAUUGUACAAAAACAUUAAGUCUAACGUUACUUCGCAACAAAGACAAAAAUAA